AUGUUUGGGUUUUCUCUUUUGACUCCAGGAGACAACGACCAUUCUUUUAAAGCUGCUUUGUUGGAUUUUGAUAAUGAAUUCAAGUUGAUUGCAGACCCAUUUUGGAAUGGCGUUGAUGUGAAUGCAGCGAUGUUCAUGGAAGAGCAUUUAAAAGAAACCAAUGCAAUUUUAUUAUCACACUCAACAGCAGAAUUUAUUAGUGGAUUUAUUUUAUUGUUUAUAAAGUUCCCAAAUUUAAUGUCAACUAUACCUAUUUAUUCGACAUUACCCGUCAACCAAUUGGGAAGAGUUUCUACCGUGGAAUAUUACCGUGCUAUGGGAAUUUUGGGUCCCGUUGACACGGCUAUAUUAGAAUUAGAUGAAGUCGACAAUUGGUUUGAUAAAGUUAACUUAUUGAAGUAUCAACAAUCAUUGAAUUUAUUUGACAAUAAGGUGGUGGUUACGCCCUAUAAUGCAGGGCAUUCAUUGGGUGGUACAUUUUGGUUGAUCACCAAAAGAAUAGAUCGUGUGAUUUAUGCACCAGCUUGGAACCAUUCAAAGGACUCUUUUUUAAACAGUGCUUCGUUUAUUUCCUCAUCAACUGGUAACCCGCAUUUACUGUUAUUAAGACCAACAGCUUUCAUUACUGCCACGGAUAUGGGAUCAGUGAUGUCACACAGGAAAAGGACAGAAAAGUUUUUGCAAUUGGUGGAUGCUACAUUAGCCAAUGGUGGUGCUGCAGUGUUACCAACAUCUUUAUCAGGAAGGUUUUUAGAAUUAUUUCAUUUAAUCGAUGAACAUUUAAAAGGUGCACCAAUACCUGUGUAUUUCCUUUCUUAUUCGGGAACUAAAAUAUUAACUUAUGCGUCUAAUCUUUUGGAUUGGAUGUCCAAGAGUUUUACUAAAGAAUGGGAGGAAUUAUCUAGUGUCCCUUUCAACCCUUCAAAGGUUGAUUUGUUACUAGAUCCAAGUGAAUUGUUAAACUUAAGCGGGCCUAAGAUUGUGUUUUGCUCUGGUAUAGAUUUGCGAAGUGGUGAUAUAUCUGCCGAGGCUUUUCAAUACUUGUGUAACGAUGAACGUACAACAAUCAUUUUGACUGAAAAGACUACCAUGAGCCUUGAGAGUAGUUUAAGCUCCAUACUCUACACUGAAUGGGACACAUUGGCUAAAAAAAGGGGAGGGGGAGAGUCUGCAGACGGCAUUGCUGUGCCCAUAGAUAAAAAUAUUCUGUUGAAAAAUUGGACCAAGGAAAUAGAAUUGACAGGUACAGAGUUGACAGAGUUUCAAGAGAAAGUGGCACAGAAAAGAAAAGAGAAAUUACUAGCCAAAGUAAGAGAUCAAAAGAAUCAGAAUAUUUUAAGUGCCGAUACAGUAGAUUCAGAAGAUUCUUCUGAUGACGACGAGGGAGACGAAGAACGAGAAAAGCAAAAAAGUGAUGAUGCAAGUAACUUGUUAAUUAAGCAAUAUCAGUCUAUCAAUGUUGCAAAUUCCAAUGUCUCUGCAAACGAAGUGAAUCCUCUUGCUAUUCAUGAAGCAUUCAUCACAGAUCAUAUUAAACAAAGUUUGGAAAAGAAUUUGCCCAUUGAUUUGAGAAUAACUCAUAAGUUGAGACCUAGACAAGCCACGUUCCCCUACUUUGCUACUUCACACAAACAAAAAUUUGAUGAUUACGGAGAAGUUAUUAAUAUUGAAGACUACCAAAGACAUGAUGAAGUUUCACACAGCAAAAUCAUAAUGGAGGGUAAGCGAAAAUUUGAUGAAAAGAGAACUACCAACAAUAGAAGAAACAAGAAGCAAAACAAACAGCAGGCAAAUAAAUUGACCCCACAAGAACAAGUUAAUCGAAAAUUGCUUCAGAAAUACCUAGAUACAUUAUCUAAUCCCAAAAAAAGAGUUGGUUUAAACUAUGGAUCAAAGAAGAAAAGUGAAACAGGAAAGUUGAAAGUUAGAUGUGGAUUGUCAUUUGUCGAUUUAUCUGGUCUUGUAGAUUUGCGUUCGUUGGGGAUUAUUGUGCAGGCACUAAAACCUUAUAAUUUGAUUUUAUUGCCAGAUUAUACACCAUUGCAAAAUUUGACUCGUGUGCAAGAGUUUUUCGCUAAUCAACAAAAUGAACAAUUGCAAGAACAAACAAAAAAGAGUUUAGCCCAAUCAUCAAGGUAUUUAUCUCUUGUAUCGAUAAGAGAUGGUCUUUCUAGUGCCAUGUCGCCUUACUCAAGUGGUAAUAUGAAUGUUAUGGUUGUCCACGACAAUGAAUCAGUUAAAAUUGGGGCUGAAUCAGAGUCAGGAAGCAUUGGUUUAAACAACUUUGAGGUUAAUUUGGAUGAUUCUAUUGUCAAAGACUUGAAAUGGCAGAAGAUUGGCGAUGACUACAAAGUUGCUAAAUUAUAUGGAGAAUUGGAGCUUCAGAAUCAAUUUCCAGUUACAAAAAGGAUAAGAACGGUACAGGAUUACAUUAAUUCAAACACACAUUUCUCAUUAAGAAAGUUAGAUAACACCACAGCUGUGAAGAGACAGGAGACAAUAGCCAAUCAAGUCCAGGAUCCAAAAAUACGAGCAUUGAUAACAAACGGACCCAAGCUAGCUAUAGGGAACAUUCGAUUACCAGAUUUGAAAAAGAGAUUGCAAAAAUUGAAUAUGACAGCUGAAUUCAAAAGCGAGGGUACGUUGGUAGUGAAUGACAUUCUAGCAGUGAGAAAGAUCGCCUAUGGGUUAGUAGAAAGUGAUGAAUCUGGUGACAUAGUUAUAGAUGGUAAUGUUGGUCCAUUGUAUUAUAAAGUCAAAGAAUGUAUAAGGGAAAUGUUAGCAUAUGUAUAG